CCCAUACACACUCAAUUACACAUGCCAAUAUAGAAAACACGUGAGAGAUCUGAGAUUUCCAUCUAGUAUAUCACAAGGCUGAGAUGUUAUUCUCCAAAAAAUCAACCAUUUUCACCCCUCAGGUGAGCCACGGCAUACGAAAAGAAAUGAAUGGCUAGGAAAAUACUGUGUCCCACUUGAGAAAUGAAAAUAAACGGUUUAGGCCACAACAUCUAAAGAAUGUGCAUGGCCCAUCCUAUGGAAAGCUCAUAUCUACACACGUGUGACUUAAUUGACAUAAGUGCUUGCGUGUGUAGAGCAUUGGCAGGGGCUCCGAACGCUCGGGAGACAUGGUAAACGACAAUCAACGAAGGAAGGAAGAAAGUAAAAGGUAAAAAACAGAAGAGAAGGUGACUCGAACAGACGCGACGUUCGCUCUCCACGAAAUGCCUUUCUUAGUUCCUAAGCUACAACUCCCUACUCGUUAUAUUACUACCCCUCCAACAGAGAGACACACACACACACACACACACAGAGAGAGAGAGAGAGAGAGAGAGAGAGAGAGAUUCUUCCCCAAUUCAGGUGAGAGCGCGUCUAGAAAUCAGUAGAGGCAAUGGCAACAGAGAAAGCGGAGAAUGGUUUGGUGUAUUCCAUCUUCUCUUGGUCCAUCCAAGACGUACUCAACAACAAUCUCCUCAGAGGACAGGUGAGAAAGAUCCCAGAUACAUUUCAAUCCGUACAGCAGUAUUAUGGAUCGUUCAUUUUUCAUUUGAUCGAGGAAACACGGUCUGACUUGCAUUCGAGUAUGUGGGUUCUCUCUAAAGCACCAGUCUAUAGAAUACGAUCGGUUGGGUUAUCUGAUUCGAAGGAGUCAGUAUAUGGCAUUUCCAUGGAACCUUUCAGAAAUGUUUCGGAUAAGGGAGGAAAAGAAACUUCUGGUCCAAAGAACGGAGAUAUCUUUGCUUUGUGUGAUGUGGUACCUUCAAGAGUUGCUGAUCUACACUGUGAUGGAAGAUCCUACAUGCUUGGUUUCGUUACUAAGAAUGAAGAUGCUGAAAGUGGCCCACCAUUUGAAAUUCGAGCCAAAGUAUCGAAGGAUGUAGUGGCUCCAAAAGGAAAGGAGAAAUCUCUUUUCGCUGUUUUCUUGAUCAAUAUAACGACGAACAAUCGUAUCUGGACAGCCUUGCAUGCGACUCGUAGAAAUUCUGAUGUCGUAAAGGAAGCAUUAUGCACCAAUUCUUUGGUUGGGAGAAGUUGCAUAAAAUGUUCAUCUGGAGAAUCUGGACGGAAAACCCAAGAUCUGUUGCAAAAAAUGCGAACAUGUUUAUGCUCAUUUGAUCUCAAUGAGUCACAGAUCAGAGCUGUAUUGAGUUCUAUCGCAGCAAAGCAAUGCAAGCAUAGGAAUUCGAUUCAACUAAUAUGGGGCCCACCAGGGACCGGAAAGACUAAUACAGUCAGUAAAAUGCUACAGGCACUUCUAGCAUUGAAAUGCAGAACAGUUACGUGUACACCGACGAAUGUCGCACUCUUAGAAGUGGCCUCGCGUCUCCUGAGGGCGUUGAGAGAGCCAUGUACUGCUGACCUAUGCCCAUUGGGAGACAUAGUUUUAAUGGGAAAUAAGGAACGGAUGAACAUUACUGAUGAUCUUGAAGACAUUUUUCUCAAUAACCGCAUUGAUAGACUUUUGGAGUGCUUUGCACUACUAUCAGGGUGGAGACAUAAGCUAGUAUCAGUGAUACAAUUUCUUGAAGAUUGUGUUCCACAUUAUGAAAUCUAUUUGAAAAAUGAGAAGGCAAAGGAGGAUGAGAUAGGUCGGGAUACCUUGACGUUUCAGGAGUUUGUCAGGAGCCGUUUUUGUGCCACUGCGAAGUCAUUGAAGAAUUGUAUAAGAAGCUUUUGUACUCACUUACCUUCAUCUUCACUUUCAAAAGAUAACUUCAAAAAAAUGGUUUCAGCUUUCAAGUUGAUUGAAUCUUUUGAAAGCUUGUUACAUGUGGAAAAUGUCAGUGGCAAGAAGCUCAAGAAACUAUUCAAUCAGCAUGAAGGAGACAACGAUUUUUGCAAGGCCCGAAAUGACUGUCUUCGUGUUCUAAGAGAUCUUAAGGAAAAUUUUCAGAUUCCCCAAUUUCUUGAAAAAGAUUUGAUUCGAAAAUUUUGCUUGAAAAGUGCUACCCUCAUUUUUUGCACGGCUUCUAGUUCAUCUUCAUUGCAUUUUAAAGAGAAUGAACCGUUUGAGCUGGUGGUUAUCGAUGAAGCUGCUCAGUUGAAAGAAUGCGAGUCGUUGAUUCCAUUACAACUACCGGGUAUACGGCAUGCUAUUCUUAUUGGUGACGAGUGCCAAUUGCCUGCAUUUGUUAAAAGCAAGGUUUCUGAGGAAGCUGGCUUUGGAAGAAGCCUCUUUGAGAGGUUGAGUUCAUUGGGACAUCCGAAGCACCUUCUCAACGUGCAGUACCGAAUGCAUCCUUCCAUUAAUACUUUCCCAAAUGCCAAGUUUUAUGGGAAAAAGAUUUCUGAUGCUCCAAGCAUCAAGCAUAAAGAUCAUGAAAGGAGGUACCUUUCACAACGUAUGUACGGUUCAUAUUCAUUUAUUGAUAUUGACGAUGGAAGGGAGAUGGUCGAUGAAGGUCAUAGUCUAAAGAAUAUGUUUGAGGUGGCUGCAGUUUUGCAGAUAUUGAGAAACCUUUUCAAAGAAUACGUUGCUUUGCGUCAGAGGGUUAGUGUUGGUGUCGUGUCACCCUAUACAGCUCAAAUUGUCGCAAUUCAAGAAAGAAUUGGAAAAACAUAUGAAACACAUGAGGACUUUGUUGUGAAUGUCAAGUCCAUCGACGGGUUUCAAGGUGGUGAAGAGGAUGUGAUCAUAAUUUCUACUGUCAGAUCAAACAGUGAAGGAAAAGUAGGCUUCCUUUCCAAGACUCAACGGACAAAUGUGGCUUUGACCAGGGCCAGGCACUGCCUUUGGAUUUUGGGGAAUGCGCGGACUUUAAUUGAUAGUGGUACUAUCUGGAAGGAAAUUGUCCUUGAUGCGAAGCAGCGAGGAUGCUUCUUUAAUGCCAAGGAUGAUGUGAGUUUGGCCGAAGCAGUCAUCUGUCCUGACAUGCUUGGGGAGGACUUAUCAAGAAGUUUUGCUUCUCUCAAUCUUGGCAAUGCACAUGGUGGUUCAGCCCAACGGUUAAGAGAUUCCAAGAAUAGCUUCAGGACAAAAGCAGGUUCUGUGCGAAGUAUUGGUGGUCAACCAAUGAGUGCCUCUACUCAGUUGAAGCCUGAAACAAACAAUAAAGCAAAAGUUGUUGCGCCCGACGGGCAUUUUAUUGCAGGGGUUGGAGGUCAUGGUCCUAAACAUGUCAGUAAUCGUCUAAGAGAUUCUAAGAAAAGCUCAAAGUCAAAAGCAAGUUCAUUGAAAGGGAGUAGUAAUUCUCAACCUAUAACUACCAGCACAAGUAUCGAGUCUCAAAAGAAGAGUAAAGAAGGAGAUUCUAAGAAAAUCUCAAAGUUGAAAGCACGUUCAUUGAAAGGGACUGGUAAUUCUUGACCUGUGAAUACUAGCAUUAGUAUCGACUCCCAAAAGAAGAGUAAAGAAGGAGUUCUAAGAAAGGCUGAGAGUUGAAAGCAAGUUCAUCAAAAAGUAGUGGUUAUUCUCUAACUAUGAAUGCUAGCACUAGUAUCGACUCCCAUAAGAAGAGUAAAGGAGCAGCUGUUGGGGGAAGCAAUCAUGCAGACAAGCCUGAUGGAGUUAAUGUGCAGGAAUUGGUGUUCAUAACUCUAAACAGGCAGGUUUUUGGCAAAGGAAAAGUACAUAGGCCACUCCCGCAAUAGCUCUCAUCUGCGACCAAACAAUCUAUAUGGCUAAUGCAUCUUCGGAGUAUAUGGUUAGUUGUAAUGGUGUAA